ACUAGUGACCAUAACACUGAUCUUAAAACACAGCCACGAAUUGGAUAAGAACAAAAUGAAUGAUAACUGGUAAGAAAACAAACAUCAGAAAAAAGAUAUUUUCUACUCCACAAUCCUAACCAAACACCUCAUGCCAUUGUCCCACAGUCCAUAGUCCAUAAAAACGAAACACAUACCUCAACCGUCGAUCAUGCCUUGCAGUGAAACCAUCUCAAGCGUUGAUCCCACCCAUCACUAUGCGUCUUUCAUUUCCGACUCCAUCAGAACCCAAAACCUCAAGCUAGGGAGACUCCUGCACUCACACCUGAUCAAAACCGCGCUCUCCUUCAACAUUUUCCUCACCAACCAUCUCAUACACAUGUUCUCCAAAUGCAACUCCAUAGCCUGUGCCCAGAAAGCCUUAGAUGAUCUUCCAAUCAAGUACACUCACUCAUGGAACGCCAUGAUCUCAGCCCAAUCUCAAAUGCGUCGUUUUGUCAGCGCUCACAACCUGUUUGAUAAAAUUCCUGAACCAAACCUUGUUAGCUAUAUUGCCUGAUUUCCAGUCUUCGCAAUCAUGGGUUUUACAGGGAAUCAAUGAGUGUCUUUAGAAGAAUGCAAAAACAGUAUAAUUUUGUGUUUAUGGAUGAAUUUACGUUCGGUAGCGUAGUGGGUAGUUGUGUUUGCUUUGGUGCACUAGAAUUGUUGCGCCAAGUUCAUGGAGUGGCUGUUGCGAUUGGAAUGAAGUUUAAUAUUGCAAUUUAUAAUGCUUUGAUUGAUGCUUACGGGAAAUGUCACGAUUCUCCUAACGCAUUUUUAAUUUUUAAUCAGAUGGGAGAAAGGGAUGUUCUGUCGUGGACUUCCAUGGUUAUUGCUUAUGCCCGGGCAUCUAGAUUGGAAGAUGCAUAUCAGGUUUUUAAUCAAAUGCCUACCAAAAACACAGUUUCUUGGAGUGCUUUAAUUUCGGGGUUUGCACAAAAUGGGUGCGGUGAUGAAGCUCUGGAUCUUUUUGUGCAUAUGCAAGAAGAGGGCAUCUUCCUACCCAAUGCUUUCACUUAUGUUGGUGUUCUAAGUGCUUGCGCCAAUCUUGCACUUCUUGAUAGGGGGAAACAACCUCAUGGACACAUUAUUAGGAUUAUUAAUGGUGAGGAGUUUAAUGUGUUUUUGUUCAAUGCUUUGAUUGACAUGUACUGCAAGUGUGGAGACAUGAAAUCUACUAGGACAUUAUUCGAGGGGAUGCCUGAAAGAGAGAUUGUUUCUUGGAACUCACUAAUAACUGGAUUUGCUCAAAAUGGGAAUGGGGAUGAAUCGCUUAAUGUAUUUAAAAGGAUGACAGAAGCAGGCAUAAAACCCAAUCAUGCCACGUUUCUUGGGGAGUUGUCUGUUUGUAGUCACGCAAGUCUGUUACACGAAGGACUCCAAAUUUUGGACUCAGUGGUAAAGGAUUGCGAUGUAACACCAAGAUCAGAUCACUAAUACAAUCGUGAUUGAUUUACUCGGAAGGAAAAACAGGCUCAAGAAAGCAAUUGUGUUGAUUGACAGAACUCCUAAUUACAAUGAAUUACGGCCAAGUUUGGCUACAAAGAAAAAAGUGCACUUAUUUCAUCUUUUUAUCUUUUUUGGGUCACAUCAAUCAACAUCUCCUCUCUAUUUUUUCUACACAUAAUACAAAAAAAGUCAAAAAGUGCACUUAUUUAGUCUUUCCAAACUAGGCCAAAUUGUGUUGGGAUGUGAGGUGCACUUUUGGGCGUUUGUCGGAUCCAUGGCAAUUUGGAACUUGCUUGUAGGGCAAGUGCAGCUUUGUUUGAGUUGGAACCUCAAAAUGCUACAAGACAUAUCAUGUUAUCCACCAUCUAUGAUGUUGCUAGCUAAUGGGAUAAUGCUCGACAAGUGAGGGCACAAAUGGGGAGAGAGGGUUUGAUGAAAGACGUAGCAUAUAGUUGGGUUGAGAGAAGGAAUUCAAGACAUCAAUUCGUCGCCGAAGACAAGUUUCAUUGGGAGAUAGAAGAAAUAUGUGAUUUACUUGACAGACUAGCAGAUCAGAUGAAGGAUGCUGGAUAUCUACCCCAUGAUCUGAUUGAAUGAAUGUUGUUCAAACUCUUUAGUUCACGUACCUUGCCUGCCUCAAGCUUUCUGGUGAAACUGGAAGAUACUGAUAAAAAUUUGAAAAAAAUUCACUGGGAAUUCCUCCAAAGGUAAAAUUACUUUUCUAAUAGUGAAUGUGUGGUGGCAUGGGCUACCAAAGAAAACCUCUUUGCGUGGAAGUGUUUAGGUUGUUUGCCUAGCUUCGCUCUUGGCAAAGAAAAGCUAAGAACAUUGAACAAGUGGAAUUUGGUAAGCACUGAACCCACUGGAUGAAAAUAGUUUUUGAUAAGGGGAAUUCUAUACCCUAUAUGGUAGUUGUAGGAGAGGGUUCAAGAAAAGAGUUGAAAAAUUCAAAGAUCUUCGAAGAUCCUUGAAGAACAAUUUCGAAUUCUCUAGAAGAUGAUGAGAGGCUUAGAUUCUUCAA